CAAAGCAACAGCAUCUUUGUCGCAACAUAUAAACAAAUAUAUUAUAUAUACAAAGCUAUAUACAUAUUGUUAUAAACAUGCAUAGAAGAUUCAACAGAGCUUGUGGCGCUAAGCUAGGCCACACUGAAUUGAUUAGAAUACGCAAUAGAUAUACACCCGUGGUCAUAUCGGCGCAACGUUACAAUGGCGUUGUGUCCAGAUCACGCAUGGAGGAGAAGCAGCAGAAGCUGGCCGAGCAGCAGGAGGAUGAGCGCUUCAAUCAAUAUUUGCAGGCGGGCAAUGCGGCGCUGGUGAAACGCUUCACCAACAUGGAUCGGCUGACUAUAGCGCAAAUGAAGCAGGCGCGACUCGAUCAGGAGCUCAAGGAUGCCGCAGUGCGCGAGCGCAUGGUCCGACUGGAGGACGAACAGAUGCGCAAGGAGCGCGUUUUGCGCGCCCAUAUCCUUUUGAAUAAUAUGAAGGCUGGGCCGCGUGCCUUGCAGCAGGCCAUGCUGCUGGGCGAGCGCUUCUAUCAGCAAACCUACAACGACAAAGUGAAUCGCGACAUUGCCGAGGAGGAGCGCAAGCAGCGUGAGCUGGAGGAUCGCAUGUGUCCCAUGACGCUCAUACCAUUUGGCAAAAUUACCGAGGAGCAAAUCAAGGCGGAGGAAGAGCAACGCACGCGAGCAUUUCGCGCUGAUUUCAUGAAGGAUCUGCUAGAGCGACGUCAGCAAAAGCAGCAAGAGGAGGAGGAAUACAUUUGCGAGUGCCGAAUCGAGCGUGCGCAAUAUCAGUGUCUGCAUGAGAAGGAGCUGAAGGCAGCGGAGCAGCUAAAGCAAAAGAAACGCGAGUUCUGCCGUCGUGCCUAUCACGAUGCAAUGCGGGAAAAGGCCAAGAGAUUGAAAUACGAAAAGAUGUGCGAUUCGAUACAAGAUCGUCUCAACUGCGUGAGCAACGUAGCGCAUCGGAAGCUGGAUCGACGCUUCAAUGAGGAUGUGCUGAGGAUGCGCGCGCUUAAAAUACGCGAGCGGGAUGCGCGUGCCGCACGCGUUGGACAGCUGAUGAAGGCGAAGGAGCGCAAGGAGCAGGAGCAACAAGACGGCUACAUGGCGCAAUAUGAACUGGAGGUGGAAAUCGAUGAGGCGCGUCGUCAGUGUCAGAAGGAGGACUUGGCUAACAAGCGGCGCGCCUAUGAGGCCGAGGAGCGCAAGCAGUUGGAGGAGAAGCGACAGCGUGAGGCACAAAUUCGACGCUUUGAAGUUGCCACACGCUUCAAGAAUGCCGAGGUCAACGAUUACUUUGAGCAGAGCAGCAAGCGCAAGCGCGAUGCGGCGACGGCGCAACUGGCGCAACAGCUGACUGGACAGCGUGAUGAUUAUCUGAAGCGGCGACAGGACGAGCGCAUGUACAUGUCCGCCUGCCAGGCAGAUCCUUAUCUGCAGGACGAUGUGUACUUCUAUGACGAGGCAGUGCGCUUGAUGAACCGAUCACGCGAAGAGGGUCGACCCAUGUUUCCAGUGGCUGCUGCCGCGGCUAAUUAUCGCAAAAAGAAUCAGCUGGACAUGCAGCCGGAGGGACGCUUGGUGCGUCGUAGUCGUCUACGCGACUACUGCUGGCCGGGUUAUCAUGAGCUCGCUGAUUUGGCCUAUAGAAAGUACGAGCAUCGCGAAUCGUGUCGCGAGGAGCAGGAGAAAGAUCGUCACCAGGUCUUUAACAAUUGCAUUAAGAUCACCAAAAUGGCAGCCGAGGAGAAACCCUACGUCGAGUGUCAAGUGGAAUGUCCUAUACGCUGCUUUCAUCAUCCACACGGCAUGCCGCCUUGCGAGGAUGUGGGCGAGUUCGAUUGCGCCAGCGUUUGCUACGAUGAUCCGCCGCUGCAUAAGCCAUGUCCACCCGAAAUGCAGGUGCUCAAAGCAGCGCAGCAGCAAAUCUCACCCAAGAACUUUAUGAAAACAUCAGAUCCACGCUGCUGUAAGCCACCGGAGCAGCCUGUGCCCGCAAAGACCUCAACAAGCGGCUUAGUUCGCAUAGCAGCGGGAGCGCAUAGGCCAGCUAAGCCGAAAGUUGCACGAACCGAUUUCGUUGCAACAUUGCGAAAACCACAAACGUUAGCGAAAGUGAGCGACAACUCACGUUAUAUUUUGCCUUAUAAUAAUUCCAAUAGAUUUCGCGAAUGGCGCUAGCCUAUUAUUAUGUAAACAUUUAGUUUACUUUAUAUUUAGCACUGUAGGUUAUAUUUGUAAUAGAAUUAGCUUAAUAAAUAGGGA